AUGUCGUUAAGUAAACCACAAACGAGCAUGGCGAGCGACGAAGAUUGCUGUACCAGAAAUGGCGGUCUCGCUGAAUUCGCCGAUGCUGAAAAUAAUGCUAACGGGGAUCUGGCUUGGGACGAUCUCAAACAGAACGAAUUCUCAAAUGUCGGUAGUAAGGAGAAACAAGGAAUCGCGAAAGCGCCGAAGAAAAUCGUAUGCAGCCUUCAAUGCGUCUUGUGCAUCGAGCCAGGCCACACGGCUGCCUACUGCUUCAAGUAUCAAACGGAACUUCAGCGUCUGAAAAGAAUUAUCGAGCUCGACUAUUGCCACAAAUGUGGUGGGAAGCACGUGGAUGUCACUUGCAAUCCACGCAUUGCAUGCAGCGUGUGUGGUAAGAAUCACUAUUCGCAUGUUCACGCGAGAGAGGAGUGCGUUAAUUGGACUAUAAGUACUGACUAA